AUGCUCACCGUCUGCGCUGCGGCGGGGCGGUGGCGUGAAGCGGUGCAAUUCUGGCAGUCGAUGCAGGUUCAGCGAAUUCGUGCCAACCUCCUUGCCUUCAACGCCUGCCUCGCUGCUUUCGUUUUUCCUGGGCGGUGGAGGGAGGCUCUAGCAAUCCUCGGGCUGAUGCCAUCGGCGGAGGUCCAGCCAAACCUGGUCUCCUACUCUGACGCGCUCGUGGUGACCUCGCGGGGCGUCGCCGCAGGAGCUUCACGCGUUCUUCUUGAGACUCUGGAGAAGCAGCUGCUGUUGCAGCUGCGGAUGAGUGAGCUGGAGUAG